AAUGAUGCGCUAAAAUAUAUAUGUAAUAUUAAUUGUUUUUAUUGGGUGUCCUAAUUUAUAAAAUGGGGUGACUCCGAUUAUUGUAUAAAACAAAGUGAACAUUUUAACAUUUUCAACAUGUUUGUAUUGCUUAAACACUAUUUUUAUUUUAAUAAACAUUAAGACAAAAUGUAAAAAUAAUCAAAAACCAAAAAAAAAAAAAAAAAAGGAUUGACUUUAUUUGUUUAAAAUGGUUAAGAGAUAAAACGUUAAUUAUGCACACAUUUUGGGAGAAGGAGUUUGAGUUGAGAAAUUUCGGGUUUCACCACAAGAGACCAGUGCUGUUUGUCAUCCCGGAGUUAGGACCACAUGCAUUAUACCCGGCAUGGAAUGCAAUACAGCUGAUAUACCAUAUUAUUAUCCUUGCCAUUGAUGCGACCCAGUCAAAUAGACCAAGUGGCGGGAAAUAUUUUUUGUCGAUAACAAUAUGGGCUUAUUUACUGCUCGUCCUGUCUAACUUGGUUGAUUUAACGGUGUCUUUGUAUGUCCAUUGCCUGGCCAGAUACAUUCUAGAGGAAAGAGAGAAUGAUAAAGCCGAAGCCGAGGUGGUAAUGAGAAACAAAGCGGUGAAAAUAAGCUACAAAACCAUGGGCAAGUACUACAAAAUGCGGAUAUAUAUGGCGAUCACGUGGAUAUUUUUCACCUUGUCGUCUGUUGUAGGAAUAACAUCUUCAUUGCUGCACUGGAUAGUUUAUAUUUUAAGCAAAUAUCUUGAAAUGGACUAUAACUGGGAUGGCAAAAUGAUAGAAGAAAGCGUCCUCGACUUUAGAACAAUAGCUUUCACCGUUCUGAACUGCGUAGUGAUUCUGCUGCAUCUUAUGAUAACAGCAAAGCCAUUCCGACUUUUUCAUUUUUAUUUGCCCGUUUUCUUUUUUAUUCUCUACGUGUUUUUCAACGUAGCAUACCAAAAACUGAGCGGGGAAUACAUUUACAAAAUACUGGACUGGGAUACAGGAUUCUUUUCAACAGGGAUUGCAUACGGCACUGUAUUCAUUUUUGUUCCGUUGAUACAUUUAGCUCUGUUUGGACUGGUUCAGGUUAGAAUCAAAAUUGGCAUUUCUUGUCGGCUAUCAAACUCUUUAAAGAAAUGGCAAAAGAAGAAAAUUACACCAGCGGAACCGGAAAUUGAUCCUGACACAAAUAUAAUGCAAUGGAUGACGUCAAAUAGAAUGGCGGAAAAAGAUUCAACGAAGAUUUCAAGUCUAAGGAAUGUUGGACAGAGUGCAGCAUCGAGUAGGGUAUCGAGUGCUAGAAUAGACAAUGUGUCCAUCAAGUCAGAGACUUCUCUUUAAGUUCAUUGAAGAUCAAGUAACAUGUAUAUAAAUUAUAUAAAUGAACGUGACUGAACUUAAUCACAGUCAUGUGUGUGUAAAUGAUCAACGGCAGUUAUACAGCAUAACAUUUUGAUGGCGACAUAAUCAACUUACGUUUUAAUUUUGUAUUUUUUUUGUAGUGGAAAUGACGUUGUCUUACGUACGUUUGCUUAUAGAUUGAGCAAAUAAUCUGGCUCAUGUACUGUUGUUUUCGCCUUUUCUAUGCACUGCUUUAAUAUUUUUGUAGCGGGCUUGAAAAAUGAUAAACAGGAAAGGAAAUUUGGGAAAUAGUAUUUUAACUACUCUUUUUAUUGAUCGAUUUUAAUUGAUAUGUUAUCAUGCAGAAAUAAUGCAUAUUGUUUUCUGACGACUUUAGUAUAAGUGUUUUGUCUUUGAAUAUCUUAUUUGAAUGCCUACUUGGUGAAGGAAAUUGUAAAAUUCUAAGGGAAACACGUCUUCAAUAAAAGUGAAUCGA